UCCGUGUAGUCUUUAUUCUUUUUUUAAUUGGUUCUCUUGUUCUAAGUGUUGUUGGAGCUCCAAAGAGAGGAGAUAUGGUGGUGGCUUCACCAAACCCAGCUCGGGCUGAAAAGUUUCAACCCAUUGUGCUCCCUGUCGUGGACCUUUCAGCUGAGAGAUUAGAGGUGUCAAACCUCAUUGUUAAAGCCUGUGAAGAGUAUGGUUUCUUUCAGGUGAUCAACCAUGGAGUGUCUGAGGAUAUCAUUGCCCAAAUGGAAGAAGAAGGUCUCAACUUCUUUGCCAAGCCACUCUCUGAGAAACAAAGAGCUGGACCUGCCACUCCCUUUGGUUAUGGUUGCAAGAACAUUGGCUUCAAUGGUGAUAUUGGAGAAGUUGAAUAUCUUCUGUUUGAUACCAACCCUCUAUCCAUUUCUCAGAGAUCCAAUACCAUCUCCAAUGACCCCAAAAAGUUCAGCUUUGCUGUGAGUGGUUACAUACAAGCAGUUAGGGGAUUGGCAUGUGAGAUCCUGGAUCUGAUGGCAGAGGGAUUGUGGGUCCAUGAUUCAUCAGUGUUUAGUAGGAUGAUCAGGGACGUUGAAAGUGACUCGCUUUUCAGGCUCAAUCACUAUCCACCCAUUCUCUGCAAGGAUAGGGAAACGUCGCCCUCAUCAUUUCAUGGUCACAGCAGCAGCAAGGUUGGGUUUGGGGAGCAUUCCGACCCUCAGAUCUUGACCAUCCUGAGAUCCAACGAUGUGGGUGGCCUGCAAAUUUCUCUGGAUGAAGGUGUGUGGGUCCCUGUCCCCCCUGACCCCAAUGCCUUUUGUGUUAAUGUGGGUGAUGUUUUACAGGCUAUGACCAAUGGGAGGUUCGUAAGCGUGAGGCACAGAGCCUUGACCAAUUCCUACAAGUCUAGAAUGUCAAUGGCCUAUUUUGGGGCACCACCACUACAUGCUUGGGUCAGUGCUCCCGCAGAGCUGGUCACCCCCCAAAAGCCUUUGCUGUACAGGCCUUUUACCUGGGGUGAAUACAAGAAAGCUUCAUAUUCUCUCCGGCUUGGAGAAGGCCGCCUUGACCUUUUCAGAAAGCACAGUAUAGAUGAACACGUUGCUUGACGACUUUCCAAGUUACAUCUUUAGCUGCUCCUGAUGGGGGAAUUUUGGCUGUAAUCCUUCCCAUUUCCCAUGGUUUUUGUUUACAGGAAGAAAAUGUAGUCAUAAACUUGUUAUUUGGGGUGGGAAAAUGGUUUAUGUUAUAUGUAGUUUAGUCAUCAGUGAAAAGUUCUCUUUUCCAAGCAGCUUUGGCAUUCUUUUGUGCAGUUAUAUUUCUGCACAUGAACAAUAAUCCUUAUGGUCCUGAUCUUUUUGCAAGAUUGACCCUAGCUAAUGGUCCUGAGUGGGAAAUGACAUACACUGGGAGAGAAAGGCUAUGGAUAGAGAUAGAACAUACCAAUGCAGUGGGCUGAACGCUAUGAAUAGGAAAUGACCACAAGAUUGGGGAAUCGAAAUUUGGAUGCCAUACUCCAAGCUGAAUAGGACAUAAUGAGGGACCAAAGACAGGUAUGUCAAGCAGUUUAGUAGGGGUUUUUCAUUUUCAAUGGCCUGUCAAAAGUUCACAAAAUUGAAAGCUAGCAUGGCUUACAGCACUAGAUGAGUUACUCAACAUGUCGUCCUAUCCUUGGGGUUGUUUGACCACGAAACAACCACUGAAGAUGUUCUUUUAAGGCAUCCUUUCCUUUCCUAACCUUCAUACAAGUGCGUAUUCUCACCAGGGAAUUAAUGGAUUGAGUCUUGGCACCAGAUUGCUCCACACCACUGAAUAGUCUUAUUGCCUGGCUAAGAUAGCAUGGCUCCACUCCAAGCCUCCAACUUUAAAACUUGGAUGGGGACAUAAGACAAGUACCGGUUUUGUGUCAAAAUCCACAGAAAGUAAUGCAACAAAAUAAAAUCAGACGAUGAAAAUGAAGAGCUUAUAUUUUAUUGACGUAGAUUUGGAUUAGACCGUUCACUUUUAGGAAAUUGCCAAUGGUCCACUAUUGUUGAGAUAUGCAUGAAGCGACUUUCCACAGGAAAAAGGGUAAUCAUGCACAUUACAGUUCAGUGCUGAGGAUUUGAUGUUGGGUUCCAGAGUUCAAAUGUGUAGAUAAGGAUCGAGGAUAGAUUUCUGUAACUCGUGGAACCCACUCAGGACUGUGGGCUUUGAGUGGUUUAACAGGGGAGUCAUUGGACUAAUUUGCAGGUUUGGGGCCAUUCUUGCAGCACAAUUGGGCACCAAAUCUCAAUCCCACAGGUCCCUUACCCUGUUCAUGUCUGAAUCUGAUUACGAACAAGUCGAAUGCGAGCCCUUGAGACUAUUAACUCAGUUUCUUUCAAGCUCAGGCUACUACCUUCAGAAGCCCAAUGCAAUUUGAUUCCUCUAUCAGAAGAGAAAUAAAAGCAGAGAUCGUAUUUCAAAAUUAAUUUAGUUCCUUGUGAUUUUGGAAAUCAAAUGUAGCAUUAAAAGUACUUCACAUGAAUAAGUACUGAAAAGAGUAUUCUGAAAAUUGGCUAAUGAUAAGUUUUAUGAGGAAGAAGCAUCAUAUCUUCCGUGGCGUUGAUUUAAGGCAUCCUUUCCUUUCCUUUACUAACCUUCAUACAAGUGCGUAGUCUCACCAGGGAAUUAAUGGAAUUGAGUCUUGAUACCAGAUUGCUCCACUCCACUGAAUAGAGUCUUAUUGCCUGGCUAAGAUAGCAUGGCUCCACUCCAGGCCUCCACUUCAGAACUUGGAUGGGGACAUAAGACAAGUACCGGCUUUGUGUCAAAAUCCACAGAAAGUAAUGCAACAAAAUAAAAUCAGACGAUGAAAAUGAAGAGCUUAUAAUUUAUUGACGUAGAUUUGGAUUAGACCGUUCACUUUUAGGAAAAUGCCAAAGGUCCACUGUUGUUGAGAUAUGCAUGAAGCCAUUUUCCCAGGAAAAAGGUGAUAAUGCAUUAAAGUUCAGUGCUAAGGAUUUGAUGUUGGGUUCCAGAGUUCAAAUGUGUAGAUAAGGAUGGAGGGCUGUCAGGAGGAUAGGCUUCUGUAACUCGCACUGUGGGCUUUGAGUGGCUUGACAGGGGCGUAAUUGGACUAAUUUGCAGGUUUGGGGCCAUUCUUGCAGCACAAUUGGGCUCCUAAUUUCAAUUCCCCAGGUCCUUACUCUUUUGCCUAGAAAUUGGCAUAUGGCACCCUGUUCUUGUCUGAAUCUGAUUAUGAACAAGUUGAAUGCAAGCCCUUUAGACUAUUGACUCAGUUUCUUUCAAGCUCAGGCUGCAUCCUUCAGAAACCCCGGCAAUUUGAUUCCUGUAUCAGAAGAGAAAUAAAAGCAGAGAUCGUGUUUCAAAAUUAAGUUAAUUCCUUAUGAUUUUGGAAAUCAAAUGUAGCAUUAAAAGUACUUAACAUGAAUUAGUACUCAGAAUAUUCUGAAAAUUGGCUAAUGAUAAGUUUUCUGAGGAAGGAGUAUCAUAUGUUCCGUGGAGUUGAUUUCUUGCCAAUGAGAUGAAGGUUGUCAUCAGAAAUUACGGCCAUAAGAAUCGAGCUAGAUCUCCCAUGGCCACAAUUAUGAUUUUAUGCAACAAUGGCAGCCUGAA